AUGUCGACCGCAGCAUUUUCACCUUUCUUCAAAUUUGCUUCCAGGACAUUUGCACGUUCCUCGGGCUCUUCUUCAGCAAGGAGAAUUGUGCUUUCCGGCUCAUUAGCAGCAGCCUUAACAACUGCAGCUUGGGCUUAUGAUGAUAACAGAGGAGGCAACAACAAUAAUUCGAACAAUUCUAAUCACUUGCUCUCCAAAGCUUUCUUGGGAGGACUAUUUGGCUCAAAAGAGUAUGAAAAGAACACACGGGAGGCCUCUAAAGAUGUGAAACCUUUCGAAUAUUAUCAGAAGGUGUACAACGAUAUAGCAAUCAAGAUUAGAGAGCAUGAUGAGUGGGAUGACGGCUCGUAUGGCCCAAUUCUUGUCAGAUACGCAUGGCACAAUUCCGGCUCGUAUAGCCAGCAUGAUCACACCCAGACCAAGGGAGGAUCGUACUCUGGAACAAUGAGGUUUGCCAAAGAGCAGCAUGAUCCGGAAAAUGCAGGUCUACCAGGAGCAGAGAAUUUCUUGAAGUCGAUCAAGGAGAAAUAUCCGGAUCUUUCGACUGGUGACCUCAACACUCUCGGAGGAGUGGUUGGAAUUCAGGAGAUGGAUGGUCCAAAGAUAUCCUGGAGACCCGGCAGAAAGGAUCUUGGCCAAGAGGCAAUUCCUCCUUACCACCGUUUGCCAGAUGCCUCUCAGACCAGUGCCGAUUACGUGAGAUCCGUUUUCAACGACAGGCUGGGCUUUUCUGAUGAGGAAAUGGUGGCACUUAUUGGUGUUGGUCAUUCUAUCGGAAGAUGCCACACGACAAGUUCUGGUUUCGAUGGUCCAUGGACUUUUUCCCCAACCGUUGUCACAAACGAGUUUUUCAAGUUGCUCCUAGACGAAGAUUGGGACUGGAGAAAGUGGAAUGGAAAGAAGCAGUAUGAGGAUGUCAAGACCAAGUCGCUUAUGGCUCUUCCAACUGAUAUGACCUUGAAGACCGACCCUAAGUUCAGAAAGUACUCUGAGAUUUUUGCCAAGGACAGUGACAGAUGUAUGACUGUUUUCGCUAGUGCUUUCAGCAGGCUUUUGGAGAGAGGAAUAUCCUUCCCAUCUUCCACCAAGCCAAUGAUAUUCCAGACUUUGGAUGAGCAGCAUAUUGGUGAGGAGGAUGAGGAGUGA